CUUGGUUCCGGCCCCGAUGCUGGAGCCGGGGCGCCCGCCGCCAUGAUCCCCAUCCCGGUAGUGGUGCUCGUGCUGGGGGGCUGGUGCGCCGUCUACCUGGCCGACACCGUCCUGAAGACUUCGGCAUCCCUGAAGGCUUCCUACGAAGAGAGGCUGGCUGCCUAUGGACUGAACGUCUCUCCCUUCCACAUACGCUGGCAGACGACUCUCUUCAACCGACUGUUUUAUAUCUGGGGACGCUGGAGGCCCCGGCUACUUUACCAAUGGUUCAACCUGGGAAUGGUUUUCGGGAUCGUGGCCAUGUUCGGCUCCAUCCUCCUCCUCGGGAAAACCCUGGUUCAGACGCUGUCGCAGAUGACCACCGAGACGCCCCCGGCUCCGCACGACCGCGUGCUGCAAGUUGUGGUUCCCGGCGUCAACCUGCCUGUGAGUCAGUUGGCCUAUUUCUUCAGCGCGAUCCUGCUCAGCGGGGUCAUCCACGAGAUCGGCCACGGGGUAGCAGCAAUCCGAGAACAAGUUCGAUUCAAUGGCUUUGGGAUUUUUCUCUUCAUUGUUUAUCCGGGAGCAUUUGUUGAUCUUCUCACCACCCACUUGCAACUCGUAUCGCCCGUCCAGCAACUGAGAAUAUUCUGUGCAGGUGUCUGGCAUAAUUUCGUCCUGGGAGUUGUGAGUCUUGCAGCUCUCCUCCUGAUGCCUGUGAUUAUGUUCCCAUUUUAUCACACAGGAAUCGGGGCCUUAAUCACUGAAGUCACCGAGGACUCUCCUGCCAAUGGACCAAGAGGCCUUUCCGUGGGGGACGUCGUGACCAGCCUCCAAGACUGUACGGUUCGCAAUGUGGAAGAAUGGCACUCCUGUCUCGGCCUUAUCUCCCAGACCCCACAGAUGGGUUACUGCAUAAGUGCCGCAACUCUGCAGCAGUUAAACUUCCCAGCGAGAGUGUACAAGCGGCUCGAUGGGUCGGUGGAAUGCUGCAACAACGAUAGCCUGACGGACAUCUGCUUCUCCUACGGCCAUCUGGAAAGCCGUUCGCUUCGUUCCCAGUACGCCUGCCUCCCAGCCCGGAAAACGAUCGAGGCCAACCGAGUUUGUCGGAACAACCUCGACUGUGGAGGAGGCCCGAUCCCAAGGCUGUGCGUGACCCCUUCUUUGGAAAACCAGACCCGCUUUAUCAGAGUGAAGCAUCCCCCUCAGAUGGACAUGUUAUUCGUGGGGUACCCCCAGCAUCUUCAGUACACAGUGAGCCUGAGCAGUUUUAUCCCACGAUUCAGCUUUAUAAACCUAGACUUGCCCGUGGUAAUGGAGACAUUUUGCAAAUACUUGAUCUCACUGUCGGGAGCCCUCGCCGUCAUCAACGCCGUCCCCUGCUUCGCCCUGGAUGGUCAGUGGAUCCUGAACUCGUUCCUGGAAGCCACGCUGACUUCCCUGAUUGUGGAAAAACAGAACCGGGAGCUGGUGGGCUUCUUAAUCUUGCUGGCCGGGAGCACGCUCUUGGCCGCCAACGUGGCCCUCGGACUCUGGCUGGUCACGGCCCGGUAACGGACGGGAUGCUCAGAGCUCGCGGAGCGAGCCAGAGGUGACCGGCCCCUGCGGGGCAGGGGUUGGGGGGUUAGCUGCCAUCGCCUUCUAGAAACUUCCUUUGGAAUGGAAUCGCAGAAGCACUGUAUACCGUCAGGGCAGAGGGAGAGAGAGAGAAAAAGAUCGAGAAUUCAAGAAAAAGAGAGGGAGAGAUUGAGAGAGAAAGAUUG